AUGACAUCCGAGGAAGAUACACACGACGAGACACACAGGAAGAUACACACGACGAAACACACAGGAAGAUACACACAACGAAACACACAGGAAGAUACACACGACGAGACACACAGGAAGAUACACACGACGAGACACACAGGAAGAGACACACGACGAGACACACAGGAAGAUACACACGACGAGACACACAGGAAGAUACACACAACGAAACACACAGGAAGAUACACACGACGAGACACACUGGAAGAUACACACGACGAGACACACAGGAAGAUACACACGACGAGACACACAGGAAGAUACACACGACGAGACACACAGGAAGAUACACACGACGAGACACACAGGAAGAUACACACGACGAGACACACUGGAAGAUACACACGACGAGACACACAGGAAGAUACACACGACGAGACACACAGGAAGAUACACACGACGAGACACACAGGAAGAUACACACGACGAGACACACUGGAAGAUACACACGACGAGACACACAGGAAGAUACACACGACGAGACACACAGGAAGAUACACACGACGAGACACACAGGAAGAGACACACGACGAGACACACAGGAAGAUACACACGACGAGACACACAGGAAGAUACACACAACGAAACACACAGGAAGAUACACACGACGAGACACACACGAAGAUACACACGACGAGACACACAGGAAGAUACACACGACGAGACACACAAUGGCAGAAACUGCUAGCCACACAUAGCGAGACACACAGGAAGAUACACACGACGAGACACACAGGAAGAUACACACGACGAGACACACAGGAAGAUACACACGACGAGACACACAGGAAGAUACACACGACGAGACACACUGGAAGAUACACACGACGAGACACACAGGAAGAUACACACGACGAGACACACAGGAAGAUACACACGACGAGACACACUGGAAGAUACACACGACGAGACACACAGGAAGAUACACACGACGAGACACACAGGAAGAGACACACGACGAGACACACAGGAAGAUACACACGACGAGACACACAGGAAGAUACACACGACGAGACACACAGGAAGAUACACACGACGAGACACACUGGAAGAUACACACGACGAGACACACAAUGGCAGAAACUGCUAGCCACACAUAGCGAGACACACAGGAAGAUACACACGACGAGACACACAGGAAGAUACACACGACGAGACACACAGAUAGAUACACACAACGAGACACACAACGAGACACACAGGAAGAGACACACGACGAGACACACAAUGGCAGAAACUGCUAGCCACACAUAG